UUUUGCCCAGCUCGGCCAUCGCAAGAGCUGCCGGUGCAGAAUGAAUCCCUCGGAAGUCGGCAAUCCUUCUCGUUUUUCUUCAAGUGUUCGUUCUCAUUCGUAUGGCAGGGACAGCCCUAACAACUGUGAGCCCUUGAAUGCAUCAUCAUCAACGGCAAUCUACCAAAAGCAGCAGCAGAAUCAGCAAAGGCAGACGCAAUCCUGCGAGUCGGACGAUAGUGACGAUGGAGCAGAAAAUGUUCCGGAUUUGGAGCGCUACGUGCGGCUCAGCGAAGAACAUGUGGAGGCGGUUGUGAUUUUGAAAAAUGAAUUCCGCGGGGAGGAACCAACCGGAACCGGAGGCAGCAUGGAUGCUCUGCUGCUGAAGAACAACAAUGGCAAACUGACGUUCAAUUUGACACCGGCAAAAUUGGGGAACAUGACCGGAUUCGAGCUGGUCUGCGAUACGCGAAAAUCGAGCUCCGCGGGAAGCAUCUGUCUGGUCGAUGGCAAGGGCGUGGUUCGCAAAUCGAGCCUCCGCAGGAAUUCUUUGUACAACAAUCAGUUUGACCUGGAGAGGCAAUUGCUAAUGGACCAGCCAAAGCCGCUGCCGGAAGUGACCGGAAUGUAUGAUAUCCCGAAAAGAAUUCUGAUGCCAAUGUUCAGCGAGGACCAGGAUUUCAUGGAUCUGAACAAGUUUUACGACAAAAAAUCGCAGCUCAAGUUCGAUGAAAUACUCACAAUGUACGACCAGUUUCCGACGGAUUUUCUACCGGGCAAGUACAAAUGUGCCGUCUGCAAAAAGCUGUGUCACGAUCCGCGUGUUCUGGAUUGCUUGCAUACUUUUUGCAAGCGCUGCCUGAUUGAGCUGGACGCCGCGUCUCACAGCGGAAGCAAUCUGUUCUGGCGCCGGAUCAACCAGGAGUGCGGCGGAAGCUACGAAUGGGAUUCAAAUGACGAAAAAACUGACGAGGAAAAAGUUUUCACCGGUCCAGCUGCCAAUUGCAAUGCGAGUGCACACGAUUCCUCACGUGCCAACGAUUGUGUUGUGGGAGGAGAAGCCACUUCAUCUACUACCGGUGCUGCUGCUGCUAAUCAGGAGCUGUUCAGCGGCGAAUCACGUUUCGAUCAGAUUAGAGCAUCCUUUCAGAGCUUCCGGGAGAGAAACUGUUUGAAGUCGCCGUCCAAGGAAAAGUUCCACCUGAAAGAGCUCAGUCAACCGAAAGUUUUGCUAAGCAACGAGGAAAAACUUCUGGUGUGUCCAACGUGCCGAAUGACGACGGAGCUGCCACUCGGGGGCAUCAACCGAUUGCCGCCGCACUUUGUGAUGGCUCGCAAAAUCGAGGACAUCGUUUCGGCCUGCGGAAAUCCACCGCCCAACAUAUUUUGCGAGCUUUGCAGCACCGAAGUGGCGGCCACAUCAUCAUGCUCGACGUGCUCGCUGAAAUUGUGCAACUUUUGCAAAGAAGCCCACCAGCGGCAACGGAACACAUCCAGCCACAUCGUCCGGACGAUCGGGGAACUGUUGCUGAAAAAAUCCCGCCGCACCAAUCCAACAUCCGAGACACGCUCCAUUAAGUGUCCCAUGCAUCCGGAGCAUCAAUUAAAAUUAUUCUGCACCACUUGCCAUCAGGUGAUAUGCAACGAGUGCACGACGUUUAUCCAUCGGGACCAUAAAUCGACGUCGGCGGCCAAAGCCUGCAAAGUCUACUCCCGCUUCGUUAGGAAUGCCAUCGAGCAGACCAGACCCCUGGAAGAUUUCGCCAUGCAGUCCGUGGCCCGGCUCAAUGACGUGUCGAUCCGGAUCAACAGCAAGUGCGAAUCGGUCCAGCGGGACGUUGAGGCUUUCAUUGAUGAGUACAUUUCCGCUCUCGAGGACCACCGGAAGGCACUCCUCAAACAGAUUGCCGACAUCCGGGAGGCCAAGAUGGAGAUGAUUAUCGCCCAGAAGGCGGAUCUAGAACAACGGUCCCAGAACGCUCACGCGGCCGUCGACUUCGCCGAGGAAAUAAUCAGCGAGGGUAAUGAGAUAGAAAAUCUUGUUUUCAUCAGCAUCUUGCUGCGACGCUUCGAGCAGUGUCUGAAAUCGAACCGUAUGCUCGACUUCAAAGUGACGGAUAGCUUGGAAUUCCUGCCGGAGGAACAGACGCCGAACUCCCGGGUUCAAAGUCGCAUUCCUCUGUAUGGAGUCAUCACUACGCAGAAGGCAGACCCAAAGCGCUGCACCCUGGAGAAUGGAACCGAUCUGGCCCAGCAAGGAUUGAAAGUGCACCGGAAAGUGGACCUGUCGCUUGUCACCAAAGAUUACGAUGACCGGACGAUGGCUCACGGUGGCUUGAUUGUGCAAACGGAUUUGCGCUAUCGGGAUGAGGACAAUCGAACCGUUCCUGUCACAGUGACCGACAAUCAAAACGGAACCUAUCGGCUGGCGUUUGUUCCGGAACGGGCAGGUGUUAUGCAUCUGAUGGUAUCCGUUGAUGGGAAAGUUAUUGAGGUGAGUUCCGUAGCCAUUGGCCCAAGGCGGUUAAUUGCGAAACAUAUGUCAGGUUUAUGAUGUGUCGAGACUUACGAG